CUUGUAAAAAAUAACUAGCAACAUCAACAUGUCUGAUUAACUUCACAGUAGCCUAUGACCGCUACUGAUAUCAGUUGUCCGUCGACCGCUGUAAACAGAGCACUUCCGUGCUCAUUGGGAUCGAAUAAUUAAUAAAAAAAAAAAAUCCCGCGAUGAGUACGAAUUCUGAAACUGUGGCCUCUACUCCCUUAAUGACGGCGAAGGAGAACCAGGAAAAUGUUAUCGUCUCGCCGCACGGGAAGACUUUGAUUAGGGAGGACACUAUACUAGCUAAUAUACCAGGUUGUGCUCUGUGUGGCACGGUCAACUUUACGUGUUCGGCGGUGAAAAACCAGUGGUCAGUUUUGUGUUGGGGCAGACCCUCUGACAAGAAGUAUUAUUUCUUACUUGUACUUCUGGCUACAACAUUAGUGCUAAGUCUAAUGGGCACAAUAUUUUUCAGUCUAACGAACACUAUUAACGAUGCCGUACUGUCUAACAUGGUGAUCCGAAACAACACGCUCUCGUUCUCGUUAUGGCGGCAACCCACCGUGCAGCCCGUAAUGAAAGUCUACAUCUUCAACUAUACCAACUGGCAGGAGGUUAGGGACGGAAUAGAAGAGAAACUGCACGUUGAAGAAGUUGGACCGUAUGCGUACUCACAACAAGUUGAACGAGUGAACAUAGGGUUCGACAAUGACAAACUAAGCUAUCAGGAGAAGAACUAUUUCAGAUACUUACCCGAGAAAUCCGUUGGGGCAUACUUCGAUAAAGUUUACGUACCAAAUCUACCGUUAUUGGGUCUAGUGGCAAAGACCAAGAGCAUGGAUCUGAGCACGAUACAACAACUGACGUUACAAUCUCUACUGAAUUUCGCGAAAAACCAUGACGCCUUCCUCGAAUUACCUGUGCACAGGUUUCUGUGGGGUUAUGACGACACUAUUAUUGACACGGCAAAAAUUUUUCUCAAAUGGAGCGGUGAGAUGAAGUUUGACAAGUUUGGACUUCUAGCGCCGAAAAAUGACACCUUGUCCGAGCAUCUGACCAUCAACACAGGCGAGAUAGCCAAAGACAAGAUAAAUGUAUUGGAGGAAGUGGAAGGCAGUGACCAUCUGCCGUAUUGGGACAGCCCACAAUGCAACAGCAUCGACGCUACAGAUGGGACAAUGUUCCCCCCGUCUAAACUAGACAAGAAAACUAAGCUUCACGUAUUCUUCCCUAAUUUGUGUCGUCGCCUGCCCUACCAAUUUGAAAAAGACGUAGAGAUCGACGAUAUCCCCCUUCUCCGGUACAAGAUGCCAAUCAAUGUUUUCGACGAUCCAAUUGGCAAUCCCGACAAUCAGUGCUACUGCCAUGUGGAUACAGCAACUUGUCCGCCAAAGGGAGUCAUCAAUGUCACAGCUUGUACAAUGGGUGCUCCAGCCCUGGUUUCGUUUCCCCACUUUCAUCUAGGCGACCCUCGGCUACGUGAGGACGUGACCGGCUUACACCCAGAUCCCCUACUGCACGAGUCGCACUUCGACAUACACCAGACAUUAGGAUUGACACUUUAUGGAAAAUCCAGUUUACAAAUCAAUAUUGAAGUCAAGAAGACGCCCAUGUUCACGGCUCUUGGAUUUCUGAAGCAAGGAAUCAUUUUGCCUGUUGCGUGGAUUGAAUUGAGUGUGGCUGAACUACCGGAGAGUAUAAAGACAUUGAUUUACCACGGCACCUACUCCACGGCCGCAAUACAACUUAUCAUUAGAGUAAUAUGCAUACUUUCGCUGAUCAUAUCAGCACUAUGCUUAUUUACACUAAUCUUCGGCAGAAGACCGAAGCCCUGCGUAUCAAUACACCACAAGCCCGAAAUGGAAAAGAUGCAAAUGUCUUGAGAGAAUAAACUUCCAUGUUUUGUGUAUUUUAAUGACUAUCCUCAGUACCAAAGUAAAUUGUAAAACUAUAAAAUAUUCAACUUUUUUUUACGUGCAGCACAUGUAAAUAAUAUUAACAUUUAUAGUGAGUCGUGUAGUCGUGUCAUGACUGGACAAUUAUCGUCAAUUAAAUGUGGUAAACGAUCUUAUUCCUAAAUCCAAUAGUACUUUGGCAUCAUUUUUUUACAUAUCAUAAUCUGUACACAUGUUAUCUCAUUCUUUCUCAUGCGUACAGUAGCGUAAACAUUCAAUACGUAUCGUUUACCUCUCGCCAAGACUCCUUAUAUGGGCACAUCCUGUAUGAUUGGCAAAUGCUGCAUUAUUUGUAAAAUUUAAAAAUAGACUGUACGAGUAGUGCAAGAUCUAAUUAAAAACCUAGUGAAUUAUAAAAAGCGACUUUUUAAACGUGCCUUACACACUAUAAUGUGACGAAUUUGCCGCCCAUAUACAAUCUAACUGCGUUAUAGUAGUUGUUCAUUUUAUAUAAAUAAGCUAACUACAGCGACCACGUGAUAAGUAGAAGAACUAAAACCUUAAUUUUGACAUGUAAUGGUCGCCGUUUGCUCAUCUACUGGUUAUUCUAUUUUCGAAAUUCUUUGAUGUCUAAGUGUUCUGGGUUAUAUCACUCAGAAGUUUCAUUCUUUGAAAACGACAAUUAAAGUUUUGGUAUUAAUUUGAGGGCCCAGCAAUUAGUGUGUUCCUAUUGCAUUCGUUUAUUUUUUUUUAUUAUUAUUUAUUAAGAAUAAUUUUAUAAACAUGACAUAAGCUGUAAAAUGCGAUUUAACAAUCACUUAAAUUAUUUAGGAUAUGUAAGUUACUGAUUAAAUGACAUAUAAAAUCAUUGACUUAGGUAAAAUAAUAAUUGAAUAUAAAUUAUUUCUAUUAUUUCUGUUCUUAAAAAUUUCUUCAAUUACUUA